AUGCAGGACUUUGACGUCUACGUGGGCGACCUUAGUUCGAGCUCAACUGGUGAAGCUAAGGACGUGUUACGAGUGCUGAUCCGAGGAGAUCGUGCUUGCCACUCGGCCAUGCAAUGUGAGCUGGACAUGGACAAGGUCCUGAUGCUGCUGCGGGUCGCCCUCUUCGAGCCGGAGGGAAAGGCAGGUGCCGGCCUCUACGGCACUGCCGAUCGGGAGUUGCUUGAGCUGCGGUUUUGCAGGCAGGGCGCGAGACACGCUGUUCCGAAGUUGUGCGGCAAGGCGCGAGACACGCUGUUCCACCGCUUGCGCGGGUGCCCGUGCGUGCAGGCAGAGCGCCAGGCGCUCUCGUGCGAGCGGACUGCGCAGCCCGGCAGCCCGCCGUCCCCGCGCGGCGGGCAGGUGUCCGUUGGCAGCCACGUCGUGGUGCGCGAGGGGCGCCACUUCUCCGCGUUCGACGACGGGGACCAGGGCGUGGUGCUGAGGGUGGACCCUGAGGCGCAGAACUGCCACGUGCUCUUCGCCGGCCGCUCGGAGGCGGUGCCGGUGGCGCUGCGGCACCUGCGGCCGGUCAGCUCCGCGGGCGCGUCGUCGUCGACGCCGAGGGCAGGCGACGGAGCCCGGACCGUGGCCGGCGGUGCGCGCCGCGGGCUGCACGGGCGCCCCCGCUCUGCCGUGGCCGCGCUGGGCAGCGGCGGCGCACGCUGCCAGGAGGCCAGGCAAGCCCCGUGGCGCUUCGCGGACGGCACGGCGUCGGCCCCAGGGCGCGCGCGCGUCAGGCGACGCCCGCGCUGGAAGGAGGGGGGG